GAUGAUUACAGUAGAGGCAUAUCGGCAGCGCUCUUAUACAAUAACACGAAUUUGGAUGCGACCUUUAUUUCAUUUUUAAAUAGCCAUCAUGACAAGCAUACCAUCUAGCAAGCGAUUCAAUGAUGACAACUACAAAAACUGGUUAAAAACAGCCGAGAGCCUUGCCAUACUGAGGAGCCGUAUUCAGGACUUCGUUGAGCAGGAAACCGAAACUUAUCACAGCUCUCUUCGGAAUAAACCUGCUCUAAAUGGACGGAUCUGUAAGAACAAUUGCGAUAAUAAGAAUAACAAGUCUCGUCUUUGCGAUGUUUGUAAUAAUUGGAGGGAUGAAAUCGAGGCCAAUCAUAAGGCAAAGAAAACUAUACACUGGGGAAACUGCCGACCACAUCUAUGGUCAAGAGAAAAGUGGGAAGUCGCCAAGGCAUAUAUGUCGCGUGGGCAAAGGCCGCAUUGCAAGUUUGCCCAGUUUGAUGUUUCCGCCAUCCUUAACUUUAUGAAUUUCUGCAAACAUUUCAACGACUUUCCAAGACGAUUUCUGAGCAAUGUAAUAAAUGUGCGGAACAGUGUGAUGCACUCACCUGACAUGAAAAUAAGCAAUGAGGACAUGACCAGAUAUCUUCACAAUGUCCUGGAGUUUGCAGAGGACCUUGAACCUUAUGCCCCAGAACUCAAAGAAUUAAGAGAAGAGAUAACACAGUUUAACAACAUUUUGGACAAGAAUUUCUGUCAAACCUCGCAAAAUGAAGUAGAUGGCAAACUGGAAGAUAUCCAGAGCGUGAAAGAUAUCCAGAAAGUUCUGGAUCGUGAGCACCAAGCUAUGAAGGAAAAGAUUGAAGAUAUUCUCUUCCGCUUUGAGGGGAACCCAGAUAAAACCGCCAAAGAAGAACCACAGGGUAUGAACAAUCUCCUGGACUUUCUGGACCAAAACAAAGACCUCCUUGAGAACUUGGGCCCUCAGGUCACCAAACUUAAAGAGAUGCAGGACAAAGUAGAUCAACAUGAUCAUCAGAUCACCAACCUGACUGACAGAGUGGACCAACUGGAGCAGGUGACACAUGAUCCAGUGUGUUCUGACAAACCACCAAGAUACAAGAAUCAUCUUUUAGAAUAUUCUCGUGCAAAGAAAUGGCUAGAUCCUACAUUUACUGAGGACCAGGAAGCUCAAGGCUACAGGGGUCGGGUGGAAGUGAAUGGACAAAUUUUCACCGGCAAAAAGGUGUGGAAUGGCAGGAAGGCUGCCCAUCAGGAGGUAGCAUGCAUGGCCCUUGAGCAACUGAAAUUACAGGUUGACACCACAAAUGAACCAUCAAGCUCUUCAGCCUCAUCAGUCAUUCAGACUGACAUGUCCAGUUCUCCUUCCUCGGGGAUCACUUUCUUUAGUAAAGUGACUGUGGUUCUUAAUCAAGAAGUUGAGUCUGAUGGAUGCUAUUCAAACAAAGAAGAAGCAAUUGAAUCAUCUUAUCAGGUUUUAUGGAAACAUUUACAAGGUGUUAUGAACCCAAUACAAGGUCGGACAUACAGGUCCGUGAUCAUGGAAUAUUUCAUGAAGUGUGGUUUCCAAAAACCAGCAGAAGUCUUUGAUCCAAUUGAUGAGAACACAACCAUCUGCAAGCUCAAGCUCAGCGGUUCAUUUACUUUUUAUGACAGAGUGGGCUCCACCAAGAAGAAACAGGCUGAGCAACAGGCAGCUAAAGUUGCUCUGCAGCAUCUGUCAGGGAUCCUCAACUCUGCUCCAAUAUCCGAUAAUGAGACGAAUUUUAAAGGUGUUUUGAAGGAGCGUCUAGAGGGCCAAGGUCUUAAAAUUCCCAUUUAUGAAACAGAGCAAAAAGAAGGACCCAGCGUAGAGUCAGAGAACAGUGGCACCAGCCAAGAGCAUUCAAACUCAUCUGUCACUCUGGCUAAAGUGAAACAGGAUUCAGAGCUGGAGUUUGAAAGCAUCUCCACACCACUGGAGCUCUCAUCACACCAAGAUUCAGUCAGUGAUACUGUUCCUCUAACGUUGAACCCUCAAGAUUCCAGUUCUCCUAAAAAGGCCAAGAUUGAUUGUCCAGGGUCUAUAUACUUUGGUAAAGUUACUGUGGUCCUUGAUCAAGAAAUUGUGUCUGAUGGACGUUAUUCAAAUGAAGAGGAAGCAAGUGAAUCAGCUUAUAAGGUUUUAUGGCAACAUUUUUGCAUCAGUGCUCCAAAAGAAGGUCAAACAUACAGGUCAGCAAUCACAGAAUAUAUCAGCGUGUGUGGUUUCCAAACACCAGAAGCAAUUUUUGUUCCGACUGAUGAGAACACAAUCAUCUGCAAGCUCAAACUCAACGGGCCUUUUACUUUUUAUGACAGAGUGGGCUCCACCAAAAAGAAACAGGCUGAGCAACAGGCAGCUAAAGUUGCUCUGCAGCAUCUGUCAGGGAUCCUCAACUCUGCUCCAAUAUCCGAUACUGAGACGAAUUUUAAAGGUCGUUUGAAGGAGUGUCUAGAGAUGCUGAGUCUCAGCAGUGCUGUCUAUGAAACAGAGAAAAAAGAAGGACCAAGCGAAGAGUCUGUGAUCAGUGGAAUCAGCACAGACCGUUCAAAUUUAUCUAUCACUCAGGCACCAGUGAAACAGGAUUCAGAGCUGGAGUCUGAAUGCAUCUCCACACCACUGGAGCUCUCAUCACACCAGAAGCCAGUCAGUUAUACUGUUCCUCAAUUAUCAGAGCCUAAAGAGUCCAGUUCUCCAGGCUCACACAGGAAAAAGGCCAGGAUUGAUUGUCCAGAAAUAGACGAACUGUUUAAUGUAUAUAAUCUGAAGCCACCACAUGUGAAAUUUGAGGACAUCAAUUAUGAUGAGAAUUUCAUAUGUACUGUGGGAAUCAACUUUGAAAAUUUUAGUUUUUCUAACAACCAAGGCUAUGACACUAAGAAAGAAGCCAUUCGAAAAACCUACCUGUUGUUCGGCUGCACAUUGGCAAUUUUAGAUCCUAGCACAGAUGAAAAGAAGUCCAGUGAAAAGGUGAAACAACACUUUUCUCAGAACUCUCUUGCCCUUCCUCAGGAAGAUUUUGAGGCCUCAACAAAACCAUUUUAUUGCUUACUAAAGAACAUAACUUACAACGUUGUCUAUGAGGGACAAGGGUCCUCAGAGAGUGAAGCCAAGCUAGAUGCUCUUCAGAAAGCCCUAAGUUCACUGUCACCUCUAUUUAAUUAUCCUUCACUAACUGGAGCUAAUACUGCGGAGGAGGUGGAGAAUCAGCUGAUCUCCAUGCUGAAAGGGGCUGGGCAGAAAGACCCCAUUAUAUCCCCUAAAGACCCUUUGAAAAAGGCCUGCAUCCAGAUAUCUUUCAGUGACUACACAGUGAAGUGCACAUGCAAAAGCUCCAAGAAAGCAGCUCGUAAUCAUCUUAGUUCACGCAUACUGGGCCUGCUGGGGGUAAGGACAGAACCAGACAAUUCAUUUUCAAGAAACUGUUUAGAUGAGUGGUUUAAAAAGCAGAAUCUGCCACAGCCAGUGUUUGAAGACACAGAAGAGACACUUGGAGCAAAAGCGACUUUCAGUGUUCAGUUAACCUGCUACAGUCCAGCCUGGGAAUACAAUUUGCAAACAGCAAAGAAGCAGCUGCUUGAGGAGCUCAGAAUCAACAGAUUUAAGUUUCUAACUGACUAAACGUUUGUAAAUGUAUUUUGUCGGGGACUGGGUAGCUCAUCGAGUAAAGAUGCUGACUACCAUCCCUGCAGUCGCAAGUUUGAAUCCAGGGCAUGCUGAAUGACACCAGUCAGGUCUCCUAAGCAACCAAAUUGGCAGGGUUGCUAGGUAGGGUAGAGUCACAUGGGGUAACUACUCGUGGUCGCUAUAAUGUGGUUCUCAAUCUUGGUGGGGCACGUGGUGAGUUGUGCGUGGAUGCCACGGAGAAUGGCGUGAAGCCUCCACCAGCGCUAUGUUUCAUGCUCAACAAGCCACAUGAUAAAAUGCGUGGAUUGACAGUCUUACCGUGCGUUCACACCAGAGGCGGCGAGAGCGUCAAAUCGGCCGGAAGUCAUUCAUUUUCAAUGACAGCCAGCGUCUUGGGCAGUGUGGGCAUCAGAUGAAAGUUCAAGUGCAGUCAACAUUAUGGUAAUGAGCUGUGACGCGGUUCGGCGGCAACUUAUUGGAGUUCUGAAGAUAAAAUGGAGGAGAAACUAAUUAUUGCCGUGGCCGGUUUCCCAGUAAUAUAUGAUCUGUCCCUGUUUGCUUACAGGGAUAUAAAACAACCAAGACCACAGAUAUUAUUACAAAUUUAUUUUAUUUUGAUAACAAACAACUAUAAUUUUAAUUACUUUCUGCCAUCGAUCGAUUUCUUAUUUUCACAUUUUAAAGAGUUCAUAAGGAUAUACGCUACUUGUGAUAGGUCAGCAAAAAGUAAAUGGUCGACAUGUCUGGAUGUUUAAAUUGCGGCCCCUUUAAAUAUAGUUCACAAAACAAAGCAUUCUGAACAAACGUUGCCGCCUAUUUCAACUACGUCCUCGAGCGUUGAAGGCAGGCCAGCCAGAGCGAAUUUUGAUGCUCUCACCGCUUCUGGUGUGAACGCACGGUUAGACGCGGAGGCAACUGAGAUUCGUCCUCCACCACCCGGAUUGAGGGGAGUCACUAGGCCACCAUGAGGACUUGGAUCACAUUGGGAACUGGGCAUUCCAAAUUGGGAAGAAAAGGGGAGAAAAUCCAAAAAAAGAAGAAAGAAAAAACAGAAAAUGUGUUUUAGCUAAUAUUUGAUAUCUACCCAAAAUUCAGUCUAAAUGGCCUAUUCACCUGUAAUCAUUCUGCUUUUUUAUGGUGGUGGUAUUUUCUUUCUUCAAUUCCAGUAUUUAUUUACAUUGAUUAAUUUGGCAGUAAAGCUACAAGAAUGGAACAUAAUGCAUGAAACCACUUUAAAGAUAUUUAUACCAAAGGUAUACAUAUAUGUGUGUGUGUGUGUGUGUACAAAAUACUUUUAAAAUCAACAAACAUUUUAAUUCCAUUGAUUGCGCAGCCUGAAGUUUAAUUCAUUUUCCAAUGUGUGUUUUAAAAAAUGUCCUUCUGGUCCAUUCUCUGCACUGAACCUCUCACCUUGAGGUCUCUCAUUUAGAAUUUCCUUCAAUUUCCUCCUUUAUUUUACGUGCUUUUGACUUUUGACACAGGAACUUGUUCCUCAGACGAAGCACUAGUUACUAGUUAACCAAAAAUCAGACCAGCAAAGAGCCAGUGAUAAUUUCAUAAGAAAAGAAAUAGUCUCUGUGUAACAGGAGCCGUCUGUAGCCUUUAGAUUCCUUGAUAGCACGCCGACCUCCCAUGCUGGCAUCACCGGUUCGAAUCCCGCUCUGAGUGGGUCUAGCAGGACCGGUUACAGUGGUGCCAUGACCCGGAUGGGAGUGAGGUUUAGGGGGGUGAGUGCAAUGGGAGCCAGCUAGUAUAUGAUAGCUGUGCAGUUUGUAAUCCUCACUCCCCUGGCCUCAAAAGGCGCACUAGUGACUGACGCUAGGGGCUGCAGCCUUUAGCCUCCUCAUUAGCGCAUCCGCCUCCCAUGCCGCUCAGAGCGGGUCUAGCAGGACUGGUUUCAUCUGUAAACUACAGUAUAAGUGUUUUCUCAGUGGAAUUAGUUCAGGAUGGAGAGAUGUUGUUUUUUUAACAGAUUCGAAGAGGUUGUUUUUGCUGGACAAGUCAAGCAGUUGUGAAGUAGAUAUAAUUCAGAUACAGCUAUAGACAAGCAACAUCUGUUUUUAAAAGUUUGGUAGGCAAACUUCUUCCAAAUUCAUUCCUGUCUUGGGUUCAGAGCUAGCAUGAAACAUUAGCACUUACUUGAACAUUCAGUAUAUUAAAAUAGCAUGUCUUCAUAGUUUAAAACAUGCAGUUUCCUUAAAUUUGUCUUGCAAAGAGCUAAUCGAAUUCAAAAUUGUGCCUUUAAGGUUACUCAUGUGAUUUCUGAACAUCAACAUCUUUCUCAUGUGCAUUUAUUAAUGGCCUCUAUUACCCAUGUUUAUGUAUUUGUUUAAACUGUUGACAAUGAACUAUAAAAACUGUUUACAGUUAUAAUUUGUGAUAACAUACAUUAAGCACUGAAGAUGCAUAAUUAAUUCAAUAAUCAUGCAAUUUAUUUUUUAUAUUUUCCAUUGCCUUGUCAGAUUUUAAGUACUGAAGCUUGAUUGCUUUUAUAGACUUUAGACAUUUUAGGGAUACACUGUCGAUGUCUGACUAAAUGUGCAGAAAUAAAGACAUUUGGUGGA